AUGGAACACAAAAAUAUCGUCUCACUCGUCCUUUUACUGCUCGUCGUUAACGCGUCAGUGUCGCUAGCAGACGGCGACUCGCCAGCUUCAUAUGCCUCACAUUUCAAGAGUCACAUGCAAAAGUUGAUCGGGUUGCCCCUGGAACAGACGCGACACCAGAAGGUAUCGCGAAUUCUAAGAGAAGACACUCUCGCGUCGGACACGCAGAGCGAGUCUGGCAAUGUCGACGAGCGGAAUGAGCGCCUGCUGCUCGACACGGCGACGAAGCUCGGUCUGGCGGCGCCGCCGCUUAACUCGGGGCCGAGUAUGGCGACGGUGAACAUGUCGUUCUACCGCUGGGAGAGCGUCACGCCGCCGCCCGUCGUGGAUUGGCGCACGACUACUUCGAUUACGCCCAUUCAGACUCAGUUUCAGUGCUCAAGCUGCUGGGCGAUCGCAACCAUCGAUUCCGUCGCCAUGAUGUGGUCCAUUGCCAACAACGCCGUCGCAGAACAGCUGUCGCCGCAGCAGGUGUGCGACUGCGCGACGAAGCAGUGCUGCCAGGGCGGGUGGCCCGAGUGGGCCUUCUCCUACGUGCUCUUCAACGGCGGCGUCACGUCCAACGCCAACUACCCCUACCUCGCCUACGAUUCCGCCACGUGUCUGCUCGACACAACCAUGCCGUCCACGGCGCAGAUAACGGGGUGGGAGCUGGUGCCGGCAUUCAACGCCAUGGCGCUCAUGAAGGCCGUGACAAAGCAACCUGUCGUCGCCUUCCUUAGCGCGUCGUCCACGGACUUUGUGAUGUACAAGAGUCGCGACGUGCUCAACAUUUACAACGGGCUUUGCACGAGGGAGGUGAACCACGCGGUGGUGGUGGUGGGCUUUAACUACACGGGCCCUAGCCUCGCCGGCAGCUACUGGAUUAUAAAGAAUUCGUGGUUCGAGACGUGGGGCGACCACGGCUACAUGUACCUCGCCAUGACGCCCGACGUGCGCGGGAAAUGCGGGAUUCUCUCAACCCCCGCCAUGUACCCCGUCUACUUCCCAUCCGGGAUGCAGCCGGCGCGCUUCUCGUCCGACAAGCGCGGCAACUGGAAAAUUAACAAGGUGGACGACCUCUCGUCGUCGCUCUUCUCCUCCACCCUCUCCCUCGACGCCACCACAACUACCACCACCACCACUACCACAACCACCGCUACGGUUGCGUCGUUCAGCGAUCCGACGAUCACCGAUUCUUCCUCUAUGCUGAUUGGAUCCACCACUAUUUCCGCUACAUGCGCGGGGAUGAUCAACCCGUGCGGCGGAGGCGUUUGUUACAUGAGCGGCGGAGUUCCGCGGUGCAACUGCAGCGCGCUGACGAAUAUGGUUGAGAUGCCGGGACUGCCCACAUCUAAGUGCGUGCCGCGAAGUCCCUGCACGACGGCUGCUGUGAAUCCCUGCGCCGGCGGAACGUGCAGCGAUGUGGGCGACGGGACGUACACGUGCGCGUGCUCUGCGGGUUACGCCGUGGGCGCUGCUGUCGACGGUUCGCCGACGUGCAUGCCUGCGGCUGGACUCGCAAAAUCUUAUGUUACCCUUCCUGGCGACAACUGCACGUUUGUCGCGACAGCUUUCGGGAUUUCGACGACCACGCUGACAAACCUAAACACUUUCAUUAACUGCUCCGUUACAGAAUACCUCCCUCCCGGGAUUGCACUCACAGUAUCAGGAAUCGUCACUUCCCUAUCCUCAUAUUGCACCAACACAUACACUGUCCGACCUUCCGAUACCUGCUGGUCAAUCGCGAAUGCUUACUUCAAUGGCUCACUGACUUCACUUACUGCAAUCAAUCCUGGCGUAUCAUGCAAGCGCCUGUUCAAGUCGCAGCAAGUAUGUCUUCAAAUGGUUUCUGCAUCUUCUACGUCUUCUGCGACACAAUGCGGGCAGAGUGUCGUAGUGGCCAUGGGGGACACGUGCGCUUCGCUUUCCACCAAAUACGUCAUCAGCACGUCGUCUUUCGUAACCCUCAACCCAGGUAUCAACUGCAACAACCCCCUCAUUGUUGGAAGUUAUGUGUGUGUGGCGCCGAAAUCAUCCGCUACAACCAUCAACUGCACGGGGUGGUACCGGGUGAUGCAGGGCGACACAUGCCCCUCCAUCUGGAAUGCAGCCAACCUCACCAUGUCCAUGUUCCUCGCCAUCAACCCGGGCAUCCAGUGUCAGGCUCCCUACCUUGGGAUCGGCCAGCAGGUCUGCAUCGACUCACCCAUCCUCGCCACCAUGCAGCGAGCCCCCAACGUCUCCUACUCCAUGUACACCGUCCGGCCCGGUGAAACCCUCGCCGAUAUCUCCUCCAUUUACGCGCCCCGCUGCACGGCCACCUCCAUUUCGCCUGUCAACAUUGCAGCUGCGAAUUUCAUCGUGAAUGCAUCAGCUCCGCUCGUUAAUGGCACGCAGCUGAUCAUCCCCUGUAUUGGCCGCGUCGGUAUAGUCGAUUGUGGUUGCGCAGCAUCUCUCCAAGUGUGCGGGGCUGACAUGGUGACCUACCCAUCCUACUGCGACGCCCUGUGUAACUACGCAGUCCCGCUCAUCUCAGAUGUGCCCUGUGUUGGCGGAUGUGUAAGCGCGUGCUUCAACCGCAUGGGCCUGGCUCCUCUCUCUGGCUACGGCUGUACCCAGUCUAUCUGCCCGUACCCCUCAUGGCCAUUUGACGCUCCUUCCGACUGCUCGAUUAUAGUUGGCAAUGUCACAGGUCCCUGCUGCACCUACAGGAGGAAUGCUUGUGAUCAGUCGUGCACUGAUACUGCAGCUACACUCGGGGAAGCCCCUGCUGGUAACCCCGAUGCUGGAGCUAAGAUCUUCAAGACUAAGUGUGCUCAGUGCCACGUGGCCGAAAAGGGUGGUGGUCACAAGCAAGGUCCGAAUCUGGCCGGGCUUUUCGGCAGGCAGUCUGGAACCAUCGAGGGUUACUCGUACUCAAAUGCCAACAAGAACGCUGCAGUCCUUUGGGGAGAGGAAACCCUUUACGACUACCUUUUGAACCCUAAGAAGUACAUUCCCGGCACGAAGAUGGUCUUCCCAGGACUGAAGAAGCCCCAGGAGAGAGCGGAUCUGAUUGCUUUCUUGAAACAAGCCACUGCAUGA